GUUAUUUAUAUUUUAUUUUGUUUUAUAAUCCAAGUUUCUAAUAAUUUUUUAUAAUUAUUAGUUACUUUUAGUUUUAUUUGUGUAAAAAUAUUUUUAACUUCGUGGCAACGAUAAUAAAAUGAUGAGAAAUGAGAGUUCGGACGAAGACGAUGAUCGGUCCACUUUGAGUUUCGACUCUUCGAAAACUGCUCAACAAAACUCGAACUUAGCGAAUGCUGCAAAUGCCGAAAGGGACGACGACGAGUUGAGCAUUCCGCGAGCCGCUCUCAACAAAAUGAUAAAAGAACUCACUCCCAAUAUCCGUGUUGCCAAUGACUCUCGGGAACUCAUCCUCAACUGCUGCACUGAAUUCAUUCACCUGGUGGCUACUGAAGCGAACGACUUGUGCAACAAACAACAAAAGAAGACAAUAUCACAUGAACAUAUUUUUAAAGCUCUUGAUAACCUGGGGUUCAGCAGCUACAAAGAAGAAGCCAUCGCAGUGUUAGAGGAAGCCAAGAAGGUUGCUACAAAUAAACGCCAAAAGAAAUCCAGAUUAGAGAAUUCAGGAAUACCAGAAGAAGAACUUUUCCUGCUCCAACAGCAAUUAUUUGCUAAGGCUCGGCUGGAGGCAGCCCAAUCGGACUUGAAGGAAUGGCAUGAAAUGCAGUUCAGACUUCAGCAACAGCAGCAACUUCAGCAGCAGCAGCAAGAAGUUGACGACGACGAUAACUACAAUUUAUAGCAUUUAUUUUUUUCAUUAUUUUUUUGCAUCUGCAUCUUGUUAAUAAUGUUUGACUGAAUAAUAAUUUUGUAAUAUCAUUCUUCUCUCUUCCUCUCUCUCUCUUCUCUUCUUAUUUUUUUAUUACC